CGCAAAGACAGCCAGCCGGCCGAGGGUCUCCUCUGUUGGUCGUCAAGGUCGCGCGGGGAGCUGUGAAGGUCAGCCGCUUGUCAAACCACGUGACUAGCAGGAGCUUUUGUUCGUCUUCAAAUGUCAGUCGAUGAAGGAAGAGAUGACGUCAGACGAGGUCACUACUUCGGGAGGAGGAGGAGGAGGAGGGAGGCUUUUUUGACAUAUUUUAUGUAGGCUUGUGUUGAGUCCUCAUCCCCCCUCCCUCGCUGAGCCAGGUGUUGCAUGGGAGGAGGAGGAGGAGGAGGAGGCUGCAUGACAUUGAGCACAAGUUGACCACAGUCGUCAUGUGAUGGAUGUCCCGGAAAGACGCGGGAAUGUGAAGAAACAUUCCGGAUGUUUUUCGGAUCCGACAGCGUGACCCCCACUCUCCCAGCCUUGUUGUGUGGCGGACGGUGCUUCGAGCCUCUGUCCGGACACGCGUGGGGCUAAUCCUCGCCUCCUCCUCCUCCAGCAUCAUCAUCAUCAUCAUCCUCAUCACAGUGCGUGGACCGUGAGCCCUUUCCUCCGCGGCAUCCCUGGCGUGACAAUGACUUCCCCCCGCGUCGGCGCCGCCUCGCGCCGCAGCCCCACGGAGAAGAAGCACGCGCCCCGGGUUCCACGCGCACAGCAGGACGUGUUCCGCGCCAAGGCGCUGAGGUAACUGACCCCCCCCGCCCCCGGCGCCAGCAUGGAGCUGUCCGAGGUCCGCUGUUCGAGUGCCAGCGAGGAGCUGUAUACCAUCAACAGGACGCCGAGCAGCAGCGGCAGCAGCAGCGGCGGCGGAGGAGGAGGAGGAGGAGGAGGGACCACCGACGGCACCGGCAGACCCAAACGGCUGCUGUGGCAGAACGCGGUCCGACACAUCACCGAGCAGCGUUUCAUCCACGAGCAGGGCGGGGGAGGGGGCGCCAAGGAGCCCUACGAGCCGCAGCAGGACGCCCGGAAGCAAUCGGCGGGCCGGACGUCGUUGGGGGAGCGGCACAACAACGGCGGCACCAAGGUCUUCCCCGAGCGGGCCAGCAGCGACCUGGGCUUCCUGCAGAUCGACUGCGCGCCCACCAACUCGGACUUCUUCCUCAACUGGGGCUACACGUACCGCGGCGUCAUCUUCCCCACGCUGCGGAACGCCUUCAAGUCCCGAGACCUGGAGCGUCUGUAUCAGCGCUACUUCCUGGGCCAGAGGCGCAAGUCCGUGGUGGUGAUGAACAUCCUGGACGUGGUGACCAAAGUCACCCUGCUGGUGCUGCACCUCGGCAUGGCCUCCUCGCCCAUGGACCCGGUGAAGGGCGCGCUGCUGGGCUUCUUCGCCGGCAUAGAGGUUGUCAUCUGUGCCUUAGUGGUGGUCCGCAAGGAGACCACCUCGCAUGGAUACCUGCAGUACAGCGGCGUGGUCACGUGGGUGGCCAUGGCCACGCAGAUCCUGGCCGCGGGUCUGGGCUACGGCCUGCUGGGCGACGGGGUGGGCUACGUCCUGUUCGCGCUCUUCGCCACGUACAGCAUGCUGCCCCUCCCCCUCGCCUGGGCCAUCCUGGCCGGACUCUUCACCUCGGGGCUUCACCUGCUGGUCCGCCUCCUCCUCUCCCACAAUGCACCGCUCUCCACGAACCAGGUGGCGGCUCAGACCGUGUUGUUCAUGUGUAUGAACACGGCUGGGAUCUUCAUCAGCUACCUGUCGGACCGGGCUCAGCGUCAGGCCUUCUUGGAGACACGGCGUUGCAUCGAAGCUCGCCUGCGUCUGGAGACAGAGAACCAGAGACAGGAGAGGCUGGUUCUGUCUGUCCUGCCACGUUUUGUGGUUCUGGAAAUGAUCAACGACAUGACAAAUGUAGAGGACGAGCACCUCCAGCAUCAGUUCCAUCGAAUCUACAUCCACCGCUACGAGAAUGUCAGCAUUCUUUUCGCAGACGUCAAAGGCUUCACAAAUCUCUCCACCACACUGUCGGCACAGGAGCUGGUCCGAAUGUUGAAUGAGCUCUUUGCACGCUUUGACCGCCUUGCACAUGAGCAUCAUUGUCUGCGAAUAAAGAUCCUAGGAGACUGUUACUACUGCGUUUCGGGCCUACCUGAGCCCAGGCAGGACCACGCCCACUGCUGUGUGGAGAUGGGCCUCAGUAUGAUCAAAACCAUCAGAUAUGUGCGCUCACGUACGAAACACGACAUUGACAUGCGCAUUGGAAUCCACUCGGGCUCGGUGCUGUGUGGCGUGUUGGGAUUGAGGAAGUGGCAGUUUGACGUGUGGUCCUGGGAUGUGGACAUUGCUAACAAGCUGGAGUCCGGGGGCAUCCCGGGGCGGAUCCACAUCUCCAAAGCAGCUUUGGACUGUCUGAAUGGGGACUAUGAAGUGGAGGAGGGACAUGGCAAGGACCGCAAUGACUUCCUGCGCCGCCACAACAUUGAGACGUACCUCAUCAAGCAGCCGGAGGAGAGCCUUCUCACACUCCCCGAGGACAUCAUGAAGGAGGCGGCCAGCUCUGCAGACCGCCGGGCCAGCAGUGCCACCUUCAACGAGGCGUCCUGGAGCCCGGAACUUCCUUUCGACAACAUCGUGGGAAAGCAGAACACUCUGGCUGCCCUAACGAGAAAUUCGAUAAAUCUGCUCCCAAACCAUCUCGCACAAGCUUUGCAUGUCCACUCUGGUCCUGAGGAAAUUAACAAGCGAAUAGAGAGCGCCAUCGACUUACGGAGUGGCGAUAAGUUGAGAAGAGAGCAUAUCAAGCCUUUCUCACUGAUGUUUAAAGACUCCAGCCUGGAAGAGAAGUACUCUCAGAUGAGGGACGAGGUCUUUAAGUCCAACCUGGUGUGCGCCUUCAUCGUGCUCCUCUUCAUCACCACCAUCCAAAGUCUACUUCCGUCUGCCAGGAUGGUCACCAUGGUGAUCCAGUUUUCUGUCCUCAUCGUCCUUCACUGCUGCCUGGUCCUGGUGACCACGGCCGAGGACUACAAAUGUCUGCCUCUAGUUCUUCGCAAAGCCUGCUGCUGGAUCAACGAGACCUACGCCGCCCGCAAUGUCAUCAUCUUUGUCUCCAUCCUCAUCAACUUCCUGGCAGCCAUGAUCAACAUUCUGUGGUGUGACUUUGACAAGUCCAACACCUUCAGGAACCAAACCUACAACCAGUCCGCCUCCAUCGCUGACAUCUGCUUCUACCCGGAGUACUUUGUGUUCACAGGGGUGUUGGCCAUGGUGACGUGUGCCGUCUUCCUCCGUCUCAACUCAGUGUUGAAGCUGGCCGUGCUGCUGGUGAUGGUGGCCGUCUACUCGCUGCUCACCGAAGCAUUCUACGCCUCACUCUUCGUGCGCUACGACGUUGUCCACCACAACACAGAGAACUUCCUGGGCACCAAAGAGACAUCUCUGCUUCUCAUGGCCAUGUUCCUCCUGGCCGUCUUCUACCAUGGCCAGCAGCUGGAGUACACGGCCCGUUUGGACUUCCUGUGGCGCGUGCAGGCCAAGGAAGAAAUCAACGAGAUGAAGGAGCUGCGAGAACACAACGAGAACAUGCUGAGGAACAUCCUGCCCAGUCACGUGGCCAGACACUUCCUGGAGAAGGACCGCGAUAAUGAGGAGUUGUAUUCGCAGUCGUACGACGCCGUGGGGGUGAUGUUUGCCUCCAUCCCAGGGUUUGCUGACUUUUACUCUCAGACGGAGAUGAACAACCAAGGAGUAGAAUGUCUCAGACUCCUCAACGAGAUUAUUGCUGACUUUGACGAGCUCCUGGGAGAAGAACGUUUCCAGGACAUUGAGAAGAUUAAAACCAUUGGAAGCACCUACAUGGCUGUCUCUGGUCUCUCGCCUGAGAAACAGCAGUGUGAAGACAAGUGGGGCCAUUUGUGUGCGCUGGCCGACUUCGCCAUUGCGCUCAAUGAGAGCAUCCAAGAGAUCAACAAGCACUCCUUCAACAACUUUGAACUGAGAAUAGGCAUGGCCCAUGGCUCGGUGGUGGCUGGCGUCAUUGGCGCCAAGAAACCACAGUAUGACAUUUGGGGGAAGACGGUGAACCUGGCAAGCCGUAUGGACAGCACGGGGGUGAGCGGUAAGAUCCAAGUUCCGGAGGAGACCUUCAUCAUCCUGAAAGAGCGUGGAUUUGCCUUUGAGUAUCGAGGCGAGAUCUACGUGAAGGGCAUCAGCGAACAGGAGGGCAAGAUCCGCACGCAUUUCCUGUUGGGCCGCGUGCAGCCCAACCCGCUCAUUCUACAGCCGCGUAAGAUGACGGGCCAGUACUCACUGGCCGCUGUGGUUCUGGGCCUGGUCCAAUCGCUCAACCGCCAGAAGCAGAAGCAGAUCCUCAACGACAACAACAACUCCGGCAUCAUGAAGGCCCACCACCACUACAACAGGAGGACGUUAUUGGCGCCCGCCAGCUCCGAGGUGGGCGGUAGCCAUCAUGUUGAGGCGGCCGAUAAGACCGAGCUGUCCUGAGGUGACCGAAAACCGGACUCUUGGUGGCUCGCUGUGUCUGUGGCGGUAACGCCAGUUGUCGCCUGCACACGCUGUGUUUCUUGCCAUGAAUGUUUGUACUCAAGCUCCGCCCUUGGAGGAAAGGAAGGAGGGGCCAGACACAAGCACCCUAAUUGGCUAUCUCUUUGACUCUUUCUUUCGGCGGUCUUGAUGAUGUUCCUGUCCUUUUCACGUCCUCUUUUUAUGUCUCCUUGCUGUCUCUACCCCAAAACAUGCAAACCUGCUCCCUCGUCAAUGUCCAUCUUUCUUUUUGUAUUUGUUUUAUAUACAACGACACGAUUAAAGCUGUUUAAUUUUUGAUA